AGACUGGGAGGAGUGAGACCGUCCGCCCUCAUCAUCCCCUGCGCGGUCGGGUCAAGCGGAGGGCGCAGGGUGAACUCAGCCCGGUCACACGCUCCGGUUCCUCGCGAGCGGAGCGCGCGCUCAGCCGCGGACAUGUAUCAGGGAGUAGCGAUGAGCGCCAACCACGGAGCCGCGUCCUACGAGCCCGGUUUCCUCCACAGCGCCGCCCCCGCCGCGGCUUCGCCGGUGUACGUGACGCCCGCCCGGGUCGCCCCGAUGCUCCCGGCGCUGCCGUACCUCCAGACGCCGCCGCAGAGCAGCCCGGUGUCCGCGCACUCGGGCUGGCCGCACGCGGGCGCGGACGCGGUCGCCUCGUACAGCUCCGCCGGCGGCCAGCAUCCCCCUCCGGUCUCCAGGUUCGCGUUCUCCGCGAGCCCUCCGUCGAGCUCCGGGGCCGCGACGGCGAGCUACUCCGGCCCGCUGAACAUCUCCGCCGGCGGGAGGGAGCACUACGGGUCCCGCGGGCUGAGCGGAUCCUAUCACGGCGGAUACCCGGCCUACGUGAGCCCCGGCUUGGGAAGCUCUUGGGCGGCGUCGCACUUUGACAGCUCGGUUCUGCACAGCCUCCAGAGCGGCGGAGCGGCCGGUGCAGCGCGGCACCACGGCUUAGAGCUGCUGGAUGAUUUCGCUGAGGGUCGUGAGUGUGUGAACUGCGGGGCGAUGUCCACUCCUCUGUGGCGGCGGGACGGGACGGGUCACUAUCUGUGUAACGCCUGCGGUCUCUAUCACAAGAUGAACGGGAUCAACCGGCCCCUCAUCAAACCCCAGAGACGACUGUCUGCGUCCAGACGGGUCGGUUUGUCCUGCACUAACUGUCAGACGACCACGACCACUCUCUGGAGACGAAACGCAGAAGGAGAGCCGGUCUGUAACGCCUGCGGACUCUACAUGAAACUCCACGGGGUUCCUCGUCCUCUGGCCAUGAAGAAGGAGGGCAUUCAGACCCGCAAACGCAAACCGAAGAACAUCGGCAAGUCCAAACCCGGGUCAUCUGAAGGUCAGACGCCGUCCGGAGCUUUGAGCUCCAGUCCCUCAGAAGAAGCUCGACCCAUAAAGACAGAGCCGGAGACAGCAUCUCUAUACACACACCACAACAUGAACACAGCGGUCUCCGUGUUUCCGCCGUACACACACACACACACACCAGUCUCAAGCUCUGCUCUCAAGCUUUCUCCGAGCGGAUCUUCCAGCUCCAAAAGCGAGGUGUGGAACAGCCUGAUCCUGGCAUGAGAAGAAGCGAGGUCCUCGUGAUGAGAGCGUCACUCCAGAGACGAAACCAAGACGCACAAAUCUCUGUGGAAAGACACUGUACGUCCAGUGAGACCCGAGAACCAAAGCAGGAACCCUUCGGUCCCAGAAGAUCACGAGAACCUCACAUAACCGGAGUGUUCCGGAUCACGGCCUGAUGGACUCGUAGCAUGUGCUUCACUCAUCUUUAAGACUUUUUUUUCAUCUCUUUUAAACCGCUGGAGUGGCAUUCAGUUGCUGUAAAUAAACGUGUUAGAGCUAUAGUUCACGCAAAAAUUAAAUUUUGCUUCUCGGCAAUGGAAGUGGAUGGGUGCCGUCAGAAAGACAAAACACCAAACUAAUCCAGCAUUAAGCAUUUUUUCAUCUAAAACACAUAAUCCAUAAUAACCGAUGAACUGGAUUACUCUGAUGCUUUCGGGCGCUUUUUUGCAUUCUGACGGCACCCAUCCGCACGCAUUACCGAGACACAUUUCUACAGAUCACCUUGGAUGUAAUUUUUGGGUGAACCGUUUCUUUUUCCCGCAGGAAAACAGCACACAUGGAUGAAAACGUUAACUUUUCCCUCUUCAGAAGCCCGUAGCACUCCUGCUGUAUUUCAAUGCAUAAUUCUUUUUAUUUUUUCUCACACUAUAUCUGCAGGGAUGCAUUUAUUUAGUUUUUUAUUUAAUGAACAUUAUUGGUUAUUCCUGCUCACGUUUCACCUGACCUUUGUUUGCGAAAAAUUCUAAUUCGGGCUUGUUUUGCGAUUUCGGUUCUGUCAGGACUGUCGAGUUGACCAGAAAUCUUCCUGUAUAGAAUUUUUUUUUUUUUUUAAAUAACCCUCCACCACAAAUUUCACUUCCUGUUCAAAUCUAUGAAAAUCCCCUUUUAGCCGCAGCCGAGCUCCUUUAAUUUGACCCUAAUUUCUAAAUGCAUUUUUAUAUUUAUUUCUAUAUAGAAAGAAGGAUUACGGUUCGCAUUAUAGACUAAACCUUGUUAAAGUUACUCUUUGGACUGUGAAGAGGAUAGAAAGUCCACGUGUAAUUCGUUUCUUGUAGCAGCAUCCUAUAAUAUUACAUGUAUAUAACUGUAUGCACGCAAAACAACUCACUCCACGUUUAACUUCUAUGUGGAAAUUAAACUGUUUGUCAUUUCAGAUUCAACUUUAUUCUUUCACGGAGAACAAAGUAACAAACUCAAAAAACAAUGUAGCAAUUAAAAACAGCUGCCCUAAUUA